AUGCACUCCAAGUCGUUGGCUCUGGCCGUGGCCUUUGCCUUCUCCGUCUCCACCGUGGCAGCAGACGCCAUUCAUCCGCGCAUCUACUAUCCUCGCGAGGUCAAGCGCCAGUACAACAGCGACAAUGACGCGGCCAAGCGGGACCUGUUCAGCGACCUGUUCGGUACCGGCAGCAGCAGCACCGGUACCCCCACAACCCCCGGCACGAUCGAGUGGUCUUCUUCCGACGAUUCCAUCGUGAUUGCGCCUACCGGCAUCGUUAUCCCUGGACUGAUCGACACCACGACUGCCGACGCCUCCUCUGCCAAGGUCAACGGGACUUCAACCACGACCGACAGCACGACUGCCACUGGCAGCGCGACCGCCACCGACGUCGCGACAACCACCGACAGCACCACCGAACAGUCUACCACUGCCCUGGACACUACCACCGACGAGGGCUCGACAGUGUCUUCUGAUGCGUCGACCACCGCGACGUCCGCAAGCGCGACCAGCUCUGACACCGUUGCCGGAACACCGAGCGACACUGCCAGUGACACUACCCAGGACUCGACCCCCACCACGCCCGCCAGUGCCACCAGCUCUGCCGAGGCUGCUUCCGCCAACGCCAACGCCACCACUGCCGCCGCCACCCCUUCGGAGACGACGUCGGCUGGUGGUCUCCUUGACCCGCUGCCCACCCUCAUCAGCGAAAUUCUCAGCGACGCCCCCACUGCUAACUCGUCGACGACCGCUACGCCCACAUCGACCAGCGAUCUGCUGACGUCGGCCUCACCCACCUCGGUCGGUCAGUCGACCGAGACGACGCCCAGUGGCACCCAGGCGACGUCGCCCAUUAGCUCGGCCACCGACUCGACCUCUCCAUCUGGCACUCCGACCACGCCCAUCUCGAGUACUAUCUUCAGCGAGUCUCCCAGCACCAGCUUGAGCGAGACCCCCAGCACCAGCUUGAGCGAGACCCCCAGCACCAGCUUGAGCGAGACCCCCAUCACCAGCUUCAGCGAGACCCCCAGCACCGUCUCUGCCACGAGCAGCCCCAGCCUCACCAGCUCGCCGUCCAGCGGUGUCGUGACGCCCACUUUGCCCAGUUCGACGCUCUCGCCCUCGUCGUCGCCCUCUACGCAGAUCCCCAACACGCCUCUGCCCUCGUCGUCGCCCUCGUCAUCGCCCUCGUCGUCGCCCUCUACGCAGAUCCCCAACACGCCUCUGCCCUCGUCGAGCCCCUCUGCUACACCCUCCAUCACCCUGUCGUCGUCACCUCAGUCCGUCGUCACCCCGACCAGCACACUCCCUGUCUCGAGUGAGACGCCUACCGUCAUCUCGACGUCUUCGGACACGCUCACGCCCAUUCCGGUCCCAAGCACUUCGACCACCGAGGAGGCGACCAAGUCCACCGUGACGAGCAUCAGGCCCACGGCCACCUUCUCCAACACGGAUGACUGGCUCCCCACCAGCAUCGUGGCUGACUCUACGUCGUUCACCUACACGCCCCCCACGGCUGUCAUCCUGCCCAACAACCCCGACAAGGAGCAGCCGGAGGAUACCACCGAGAUCCAGAUCGCCUUCGACUACUUCCUCAACUACAACCACGUCGCCAAGAACACGGUGGCCGCCGCCCAGAUCUUCACCUACCUGCCCAUGGCCCUGGCCUACGCCGGCGGCUUCACGACGGACAAGGUCCAGGUCACCAUGCUGGUGCCGUACGACACGCGCAAGGAGUGGGGCUACGUGACGACGAUUGCCAAGGUCUACUACCCCAAGAGCAAGGUCGACCAGCUCACCGUCGAUCUCCAGCAGCCCAACUCGGACCUGUACAACGACCCGAAGGUGCUGGUGCGCGAGCUGACCAAGGAUAUCAAUCCCAACGUCGACAUCUGGGGCAACAUCAUCGGCAGCAACAGUGAGAACAACAACAACAACGGCGGAACCGACGGAUCCGAUGUUGACAACGGCAGCAACGACGCCCUGGACACGGGUAGCGAUAACAAGUCGUCGUCGAAGCAGCAGGCCACCACGGCUGGUAUCGCCGUCGGUGCGCUGGGUCUGAGUGUCAUGUACGGUGCGGCCAUGUUCAUCGUGGCUCGCCGCUACAAGCGCAAGCGCCAGGCUCACCGCCGCACAAGCUCUGUCACGGGUAGCGACGCCUCGUCGGAUAUGAGGUUCAAUGGAAACGGCAGCCCUGCUCUGAUGGGCGGUGCUCUGAACCCCCAGAGUGCUUCGACGUACGGCGCCAACGGACGUACGAGUCAGAACAGUAACGGGCACUCGGCUCGCACCGCCAACAUCUCGGCUCCUAUCGCGACGGAGAACUCUCUAGGAUGGAACUAG